AGCUGACACAAUCCCGAGCGACUCGGAGCGGUGGCAGCAGGGAAUCGCAAACAGCCGUCAUGCACCCAAAAGUGGCAAUGUCCGUCGUUACGGCAUUUGUCGUGGCUGUGGCAGCUGUUUCGAUUGCCAGCGCUGAGGAACUUGUUUUCUGCCCUCUUGUGGACGACAAGGGUGUCAAUGCCACCCUGCUGCCGAACGUGUACAACUGCUCCACCUUCUACCUGUGCUCUCAGGGUGUCCCAGAACUGAUCGAGUGUCCCAGUGCUCUGCAAUUCAACCGCAAGCUGAACGUGUGUGACUACCCGUGGCGCGCUGACUGCAUCGAGCUCCCUCUACCGGAACCCGUGCUGCCGACUACCGAAGCUCCCUUGCCAACCGAAAGGAUCGUCAUCACAAAGACAGUCAAGGAGGUCUACAGGGAGAUGGACGAGAACGCAUCGCCAGCCAUGCAGCCAAAAGUGGUCAUGUCCGUUGCUGUGGCAUUUGUCGUGGCUUUGGCGACCGUUUCCGCUGUCGGCGCUGACGAAUUUGUGGUCUGUCCUCUUGUGGACGACAAGGGAGUGAACGCCACAGUGCUGCCUAACGUGUACAACUGCUCCACUUUCUACCUGUGCUCUCAGGGUGUCCCAGAGCUGAUCGAGUGUCCUAGUGCCCUGCAAUUCAACCGCAAGCUGAACGUGUGCGACUACCCGUGGCGCGCUGCCUGCGUAGAGCUCCCUCUACCGGAACCCGUGCUGCCGACUACCGAAGCUCCCUUGCCAACCGAGAGGAUCGUCAUCACGAAAACAGUCAAGGAGGUUUACAGGGCCGUCGACGAAAACGCAUAAGAAAUAAAAGAUAUCAUUGCAGGACCCACAG